AAAUAUUAAAAUGAAAGACAAUACCCUUCCUUAGACGGAAAUGUAGACAAGCCAAUUGAAGAGGGACAAUCAGACGGUUGACAAAAUCAGUCGGUUGAGGCACCAGAACGGAAGUGCCAUAUAGGGCGCACACUCGAAUAUUCCGAUGAGGGUUUUGGGUCCGAGUUUAGGUUCUGGGGCGUGCCUGCCCGAUUUGGCCGGAGAAAGUCUUGACAUUUCCAUCAGAACAAUGUUGUAUUCGAUUCCCCAACAAACACACUUUAGCAGCUACCCAAAUUGAAUUAUCAAGAAUGCCAUUUGAUGGAGACGACUUCAAAGACUUUAAAGAGCUGGAUAAAAUAAAAAUACCAAAGCGAAGCAAAAAGUACAUCUAUAUUGGUAUCGCGGUCACCGUCAUACCAGGCAUUUUAUUGGGCGGCUAUUUGGGCAAGAAGAUGGCCCAAUUCCUUGAGGUAUUCGAUCUGUAUGCGCCAGAUAUUUCGGAAGAUGAUGAAUAGAAUAUCCGUGGCACAGGUUGUUCUGCGACUUCGUUAACCUGGCCAAACGGGAAGCUGCGAAAAGAAAAAUAUCGCAAGCAACUUACCAGACCGGUAACCAAAUUAAAAUCGGGCUAGUAAGUCCGCCAUAUCAAUUGAAUCAUAAUUAUUCCAUCGUGUUCAAAAUCAAACAAGUUUGUGACAUUAAAUAUAUAUUAUGAUACAUUCUUGGUUAAAGGA